UGCCACGCGGCGCCUUUCCCGGAAGCGGAGGCCGCCAUGGAGCGGAAGGGCGGCAAUGCCCCAGGAAGCGUGCUCCUGCCCCGCUCCGACGGAGGCCGCCGGCAGCAGCAGCCAGAAGAGAGCGGCGGGCCCGCCGGCAGCGGCAGCGGCAGCUUCUCCAUGGCCAAGCCCUACGACACGGUGGAGUGUCCUUAUUGUGACGAAGUCUCCAAGUACGAGAAGCUGGCCAAGAUCGGGCAAGGCACCUUCGGAGAAGUAUUCAAAGCGAAGCAUCGCCAGACCGGCAAAAAAGUGGCACUGAAGAAAGUGUUAAUGGAAAAUGAAAAAGAAGGGUUCCCAAUCACAGCCCUGCGGGAGAUCAAAAUCCUCCAGCUCCUCAAGCAUGAAAAUGUGGUGAACCUGAUUGAAAUCUGCAGGACCAAAGCCUCUCCAUACAACCGUUGCAAGGGAAGCAUCUACCUGGUGUUUGAUUUCUGCGAGCAUGACCUAGCCGGCCUCCUCAGCAACGCGCACGUCAAGUUCACGCUGGCAGAGAUCAAGAAGGUCAUGCAGAUGCUCUUGAACGGCCUCUACUACAUCCACCGGAACAAGAUUUUGCAUCGAGACAUGAAAGCCGCCAAUGUGCUCAUCACGCGGGAUGGCGUCCUGAAACUGGCCGAUUUUGGCCUGGCUCGGGCCUUCAGCCUGGCGAAGAACAGCCAGCCCAACCACUACACCAACCGGGUGGUGACGCUGUGGUAUCGUCCUCCGGAGCUGCUGCUAGGAGAACGAGACUACGGACCGCCCAUUGACCUCUGGGGCGCAGGUUGCAUCAUGGCCGAGAUGUGGACUCGCAGCCCUAUCAUGCAGGGCAACACCGAGCAGCACCAGUUGACGCUCAUCAGCCAGCUGUGCGGAUCCAUCACUUCGGAGGUCUGGCCUAAUGUGGACAAAUACGAGCUCUACCAGAAGCUGGAGCUGCCCAAAGCGCAAAAGCGCAAAGUGAAGGAACGCCUGAAAGCCUACGUCAAGGACCAAUAUGCGCUGGAUCUGAUAGACAAACUGCUGGUCCUGGAUCCCGCCCAGAGGAUCGACAGCGACGACGCCCUGAAUCACGACUUCUUCUGGUCUGACCCGAUGCCUUCCGACCUCAAGAACAUGCUGUCCACCCAUAACCAAUCCAUGUUUGAGUACUUGGCUCCGCCCAGGAGAAGAGGCGGGCACAUGCCGCAGCAGCCGGCCAAUCAGGGCAGGAAUCCAGCUGCCACCAACCAGACAGAGUUCGAUAGGGUGUUUUGACUGCUGACCCUUGCGACUGAGAGAAAGGAGACCAGAUGUUGUUCUGAAGUCCUCUAUGAUCUUCAUCUUCGUCUCUCUUUUUUUUUUAGUUUGGAAUUUUAUUAUUAUUAUUUUUUAAAGAAAUCACUGGUUGCAUACAGAGCCUUGCCCAUCUCCAGGUGAUCAUAAGAAACUUUAGCUUUGCUGUGCUUGUUGGUUUCCAGAGUAUGGAAAGGAUUUUAUUUAACUCUUAUAGAGCAGAAUACCUUUUGUAGCCCAAAGGUGUAGCAUUGCUAAGCAAGCCCUUAGUAUCUUUUGGCCUGGCCCACUGUUGCCUGGCGUUAGCUGGGAGGGCUUAUAAACCGCUCUUUGGUGUCGUAGAAUACGACCCUCCCAAGGAUUCGCCUUCCCAAAGACAGGUGUUGCGGUAGACGCUGUCCUCUUCUUGGCCAGCCAGCUCUAUCCAUCCGGGAAGAAAUUGGCAGGGUGAACAGGUAGGGUGUGAUGACUUCUGAAUUCUCCAGCUUCUGCUAAGAGAGGGAGUUCUUCCCAAACGAGCAGUGCUGGAACGAUGGCAGAGAAGAUACAGGCACGACCCCCUGCUGCCUUUAGGGAUGUUUUGUUCUUUUGAGUCACUGCAGGAAUUGCAUUUGUGGGUGCUGUUUUUUUUUUUACUUUGUAAAUAGGGUUUGGGUUUUUUUCUAAUUGCUGAACAAGACAGAAGAAAAGGGCUUUGUUUGGCUGACUGAAUCUGCAGGCUGGAGCAUUCCCCCCCCCCCCCUUAAUAAUGAGCCCUCUCAUGUAUUUCCUUUUAGGCUUUAGCGAGCAACUAUGAACAUUUGUGCACCGCCCCCCCAUCCCCAAGUGUGUCGAACAUGCGGUUUCCCCUUUUGGUGAAACUAGGGAGCUUGAAGGCGAGAGUUACCCAUGUCAAAUCUCAUCUUUGUUGAUUUCAUAUAUGUGUGUGUGUGUGUGCGCGCAUAUAUAUAUAGGUGUCAAUAAAAAGAUGCUUGAGAUGAUGA